ACUCUCCGGUCUCCUGUUGGUAACUCCUGGUUCCUUGCCCUACGCCAAACCACACUUUUAAGUAUUAAGCAAAUUUCGAAGAGGCCGAUCCUUCAUUAUCAUCGAAGCAUUCCCCAAGCCAAACCACACAUCUGCAACAAGUUGUGAAGUCAUUUGAAGAGGCAAAUCCUUCAUUAUCAUCGAAACGCUGCAAUGGAUCAGCAUAAGUAUCGCACAGCGGGAGUCCAGGAGAAGUUGGAGAUCCUCGGGGUGGAAGAUGCCGACGGGAACCCAAUCAGCGCCUUGACCAUCUUGUCGCUUCUGGAACGCGUUGCCGGCAUCAUCGACAACGUCCAGUCCUGCCAGCAGCGCAUGGAGGAGCGUCAGAUGGACCUGGAGAGCAACAUCAAGAGCAUCCAGGGAGACGUGAUGAAGCUGGCCAAGGACCACACGGACACCAGCUGCACGGUGGAGAAACUGCUGCAGAAGGCCCGAAAAGUCAGCGCCAACGUCAAGGAAGUCCGCAUGCGCGUCGAGAAGCAAAACGUCCACGUGAAGAAGGUGGAAACCACGCAGGACGAGCUGCUCACACGCAACAAGUUCAGGGUCGUCAUCUAUCAGGGCGAGACUGAGAUCCCAUCAGUGGCCGUCACAAAGUCUCCCAAAGGAACCGGCUUGGACGGAGUGGAGGUCGAACCCGACAUCUACGACGUCCCCGCCGACCUCUCCUCGGACGAAGAGUACCUGAGCGUUGAAGAGGCCGACCCCUCCAGAGCUACCCGCAUGAAACAAUCCAUGGUGAAGAGCACCGAGACCCUGAAGGCCGCUUUCUCCAAGGAGAACAUGAGCAAAACCAGAGGAAACCUGGGCACCAAGUUCCACAACCUGGGGGAGAAGGUGAUGCCUCAUGAGCGCCGGGACAAGAUGCAUCAGGCCGGCGAACGCCUGAAACACUCCGGAGAGCGUCUGAAGGACAACAUCGCCAAGAAAGCGCCGAACAGAGAGACCUUUCGCAUCAAACUGAAGAAGGAGAGGGCGGUGGCUGAAGGGCAGGAAGGCGCCGAAGCUGAAACCGAAGGCGAAACAGAAGCAGAGGCCGAAGCUAAAGUCCCAGAGGAGGAGAAACCAGUUGCCUAUACUGAAGUUGCGAUGGAAACCAAGAGAGAAGGGCCGGUGGAAGAAGCAGGCGCCACCCGGAUACCAGAGGACGAAUACACGAAGUAAGAUCGAACAGGAAAAGGAGGCGGGCAAAUCGGGGGAACCUCGAAACGUUGAGGAUUUAGAGAGAAGGUCUGCGAUUGGUCGACAUCAACGAUGAUGGACACUCUUAUCUGCAAGAAUGUAUUAAAGACGGAAGAAAACUCUUGAAGUGGGCUUUUCGGGACUCAUCCGAACGCGAACUGAUUAUUUAUUAAAGUGUCAGGGUGUGGAAUUAUAUGAUUCAAACAGCGUGACAUGAAUGUAAGAAUCUUUAUUUCAAAGGAUGAAAAUCAGGUUUCAAGUUUGUUUGGUUAAUUUGUGGAGUCUAGAUUUGUGGGAUUAUAACCAGUGAUUAGCACUGGACGCCUGGAAGGUAAAGAAAUGGUUGAUUGAGGACGAUGAAUGUUGAUCUGGAGUUUGUGUACUGAUCUUUUAUCUGGAUGUACAUAUAAUGUUGUACAUACUGCCAAACAUUUGGGAGGUGAAAUUCGGUCGCUGCGGGCCUCAGCUGGUCUCUGAGACGCCCGUUGAGGAGAUAAAAUAACGGAUAAUGGAUUUAAACGUCAGACUGGUUUCUGUAUGCAAAAUAGUGGGAGGUUUAGAGGCGCUUGAAAGCAGCAUCAGCGAUCGCUUGGAUAGACGCUAAAGCUGCACAUGGGAAAGGUUUGGGACUUCAUUACCCAGAGUUCAUUGCACCCGGGAUAAACCGAGUGAAAUGUUCAGGGGCAGGAAGUUGGGUAAAUUAUGGCUACCGAGUUCAAAUUAAAUUACAGUGUAGUCACCUUAAUAAUAGUUAUUAUUAUAAUUGUGUUUAUUGGGAGCGUCAGAUCUGUCCCAACAUUUUUAAAGAAAUAUACGAAAUGCAAUGGUAAUUUCGUUAACAUAAGAUAACGUUUUCUCCAUUAAAAGACAGCACCAAAGUACGGUGGCCCUGAGGAUCCAAAGUACAUUUUAAAAUGACAAUAAAAUAUUUCAUAAAACACAACUUCGUACAUGUUGUGUUUUGACCUUCAGGGCCACCGUAUCAACGUCAUUAAACGACGAGCCGAUUUCAACCUGCGAUAUUGUUGAUGAAAAAGAAACUCAAAAAGAACCUCGAAUCUGUCUUUUGAUGUGUUUUUAAAUAUCGUAUACAAGUUUCCUCUGAGAAAUGACUGCACCAAAUGGAAAUAUUCAACAUGACAUUUUACACCAUUCAUUUAGGGGACGCUUUUAUCCAAAGCUUAUUUCAAAAAGUGAAAUUAACCACAUCUGUUGCAAUACAUUAUAAACACAUUUCCCCAAAGUGUUUUGGAUCUCCUUUGGAAGUCAAAUACAACUUUGAGGCUUUGAUUUAAAGUGGACCUAUCAUGCUAUAUUUGAAUAAUAUAGUGUAGGACCAUACCUAUAUAAGGCAUAUUUAUACUUUUUUUUUUCAAAAUACCAAACAGAUCAUGCAUUUUAGCCAUGCCUCAUUUCGC